UCGGGCAGCGGGAGCGGUGGACGCCGUUGGGCGCGGGGGUAGCGCUCGGGCCCACAGAGACGGCGCUGCGGUGCUUCUGGGGUGCCGCCCGUUCGGGAGGGGGCUGGACAGGCGAGCCCAGAAAAAAGCCUGAGGAGAAAGAGAAGAACAGGGAACCGGGACGGGCUAGGCCAUACGGGGCGCCGUAGGGGUCAUUCCCACGGCGGGCGGAGCCUAAGACCGGCUUUUACGUAGAUGGGCGGAGCCUUGCUCUUUCUCCCCCCCGCGCGUCGGAGGCGUGGUUCCAAGGCAGUGGGCGGGGCCUCCCGAGGCCACGCCCCUUCCGCGUUUCUGGGUGGGGCCAGAGAAGGCUGGUGUUGUCCUCCACCUCUCGGGCGCAGUCUACCUGGGCGAUCCAAGCUGCCCUUGGUUUCUCCUCCUCCCUCCCUUCCCAACCAAGGGAGCUUCUGCCAGCAUGACAGGCAGAAAUCCGACCCCUCUCUAGCUCAGCGUAGGCUGCACCUGUUGAAUUUCAGCCUGGAAAUCCUAUUUUUUUUUUCCUUUUAAAAAUCUCAUUUUCAGCCUUAAAUCCAACCCUGCCAUGUGAUGUCCGGUGGGGCUGACUCUCAGUCUUCCCGGUCUGAAUCGGGAUCCAGGAGAAGGACCGGGAGGAAGAUGCUGCCCUUUUUCCGUAAAAGAAAACCCAGCGAUGAGGCCCGCAAACGCUUUGAAUAUCAAAUGUGCCUGGCGAAGGAGGCUGGUGCCGAUGAUAUCCUUGAUAUCUCCAAGUGUGAACUUUCUGAGCUUCCCUACGGCGUCUUUUCAACCUGUAAAGUCCUGCAGAAGAAGGUGCUAAUUGCUCACACCAACGGCCUUUCGGCUCUCGUCCCCAAAUCCUGCAGCCUCCUGAAUCUCGAAACUGUGAAGGUUUUAGAUCUCCAUGAGAACCAGCUCACCUCGCUUCCCGUUGAUCUUGGUCAACUGACCUCUCUCCAGGUUCUGAAUCUCGAAAAGAAUCUCUUGAAGGCACUCCCAGAUUCCAUAGGGAACCUCAUCCAGUUGCAAACCCUAAAUCUGAAAGGCAACAAGCUGAAGGAACUCCCCACCACCGUGGGUGGCCUGCGCAGCCUGCGGACCUUAGACAUCAGCGAAAACUUCGUCCGGGAGCUGCCCUUCGCUUUGGCUCACAUCCGGACUCUGGAGACGCUGACCCUGGAUGCCUCCUCCAUGACAUACCCACCGAGCAAGGUCUGCAACGCCGGGACAGAAGCCAUCCAGAGGUUUCUGUGCGAAGAGGUGGGCAUCGAGUACAACCCUCCCUCCCAGUACCUGCUCCCGGUCUUAGAGAGCGACGGAGGGGAGACGUCGGUGGACGGGGCAGACAAGACGCUGCAGAAGUAUGCGGAGAACGAGGCCCAGUGGCAGAACAAAUUUCUGGAUUACGAGAAGCGGAAGGAGCAGAAGAUGCAAGAGAAACUGGAAUUUGAGCGCUGGCUGGACCAGGAGCAGAGGGAGCAGGCCCAGCUGAUGCACCAGAGCCAUGCGCAGAAAGAGGAGAUCCUGGAGAGCAUGAAGGAGGAGCAGGUGCGGCUGGAGCAGGGCCUGACACGCCACCAGCAACGCCUGGGCGAGGAGCGGGUGAAGCUGCUGGAGCAGGUGAAGGAGAUGGAGCGCGGCGUCACCAGCCGGAUCCAGAAGCUGCUGGAGGAGAAUCAGAGGCAGAAGCAGAGUUCGGAGUUCCUUAAAUCGCUCGAGAACGACAGGAUCCGGAUGGAGCAGCUCAUGGCUAUCACGCAGGAGGAGGCUCAGCAGCUACGUCGGAAGGAAGUGGCUGCGGCCAUGCAGCAGAUGCUCUCGGAGACGUACAAGAACAAGCUCCUCCAGGUGGCUUACGAGUCGCGCCGGCAAGAUUUGGUGAACCAGACUUACUCCAGCCUCGCCAAGAUGGACGAGAAGUUCCAGCAGGUUCUGGCCUGGCAACAGAUGGAUCAGAACAAGGCCAUCAGCCAGAUCUUGCAGGAGAACGAGAUGCAGAAAGCCGCCUUCGAAGCCCUCCAGGUGAAGAGGGACCUCAUGCACUGCCAGAUCAGAAACCAGAUUAAGUUAAUAGAGAGAGAGUUACUGCAUCUCACCCAGCUGGAGAUAAAGAGGCAACAGGUGGACACGGAGGCGUUGCAGGAGGCGAUAGCAGAGCAACGGCGGGCCCUCAGCUACCUGUUGCAGCAGCUGCUGAAGGAGAAGAAGCAACGGGAGGAAGAACUGCUGGAGAUCCUGAGGGAACUGGAAGCCAAGAGUGAGACCAAGCAGGAGAACUAUUGGCUAAUCCAAUACCAACGGCUUUUGAAUCAGAAGCCUCUAUCGCUUCGGUUGCAGGAGGAAGGGCUGGAGCAGCAGCUGGUAAAAUUGCUGACGGAGCUGUCAGCCAAUCAGUACCUCCCCAUUUUCGCUCAUCACCGGAUCUCACUCGAAAUGCUCAGUUCCAUGACCCCCAGCGAGUUGGCAAAGAUCGGAAUAGCUGAAACCGGCCUGCAACACGCAAUCCUCCGGAAGGCCCGGGAAAUCCACGCUGUCGCUCAGACCAUACCAGAACUGUUGAAGCCCACGGAAGAGGCCGAGCCGUCCAGCAAAGAGCCCCCCCAGGCCGAAGCCCCCUCGGCCCCGCCGCUGGAAGAGCAGCUUUACGAGUGUGUGGUCUGCAUGGAGCUCCAGGCUCAGGUGGUCUUUCUGAAUUGCGGCCACGUCUGCUGCUGCCAGACUUGCUCCGACGCGCUCAGCACCUGCCCGCUGUGCCGGAAGGACAUCGUCCACCGGAUUCGCCUUUACCACAGCGGGUAGCCGGGGGACGAAGCAGCCGCCCUUCCCGGGGAGGGCUUGACGCCCCCCCCGCCUGGAGUUUUAUUUUUGCACUACCUCCUUAAUCGUUUGUCCGUCUUCCCGUUUUGUUGCGUGCUCGUCCGGCAUUGCCGCUCUGCAUCUUCCUUUCCCCCCUGGAGACCAAUGGGAGUCCAUGGGCUGCCUCCUGCCGCCGGCAUCUCCCGCUUAAAGCCAAGGUGUGCGUCCGUGUGCCCGGAAGGACGAGGACUUGGGCUGAAGGGUCGGGAGGAAAAAGCUCUCUGAAUCGCUAAAGACGGCCAUACAUUUCGGGGGAAUCCCCAGAGAAUCAUUCUGUCACAAGGUUUUAGAAUAAAUGCGCAAGCAAACCCCCAGCCUCUUGGCUGGAAAGGCUCUCUCUCUCUCUCUCUCUGCUGGCUCCGGAGGUUCCUGCAACCUCUCGUUCAAACCCAUUGGAGGAAGCGCUGCAAGGCGCGGUUCUGCGCCCGAGAGAGAGGAAUUGGGGCCAAAGUGACGGCUUAGCCCCCAACCCCUUCUCCCCGACCAAACGCUGGAAUCUGGGUGGGGAAGGCAAAGUCAAAGCCUGACUGGUCGAAGGCCGGCCCGCCACCCCCAGGUAUAGUCUAGGUAUGCCCAGGGACGCAUGGUUAAUAGCCUCUCUUGGUUAAUUAGUCAGUAAUUGGCCUUUUAUGCUGCCAAGCCAGACACCUUCCUUCGGGGGCGUGUGAGUCAGCCGGCGACUGUUCAGGCCUGGCAGAUUUAUGGCUCGAAAAGAGUCAACAGGAGCAAAGACCAGCCCUGGUGGAGGGAUGCUCAGCCUCCGCCUUGAGCAAAGCCGUCCUCGAGAUGGUCAACAUUGGCGUGCCUUCUGGGGGUUUUCUCGGGCCUGGGCGGCCCCCCGGGGGUGACCACCGCCCGGCUCCCCUACGCCUACCCUCCCCUUGGCCAAAAAUAAUCAAAUUUGGCCACACCGGGGCCACCCUUUUCUCAGUUCAAGCUCUGUGAAUCGCGGAACGUUAUCGGCUGCUGUUAGUCUGAGAUCUGUUAGCCCCACAAGGUAUUUUUCGAUGCUUCACUCCCUCCCCCCUUCCUCCCCAGGCUGUAGGUGUCCUUUCAAGGGCCUGCAGAAGUGCUGGAUUCGAAUCCCUUGCCCCCCCGCACCCUGACGGCCAAAUGCUUUUGCUGUAGCCAUCGCUCGCUCGUGCCAAGCACGACACAUCUCAUAGGACGGUCUUGUGUGUCCCCCCACUGCCGCCGCCCUUCCUAUAUCCCGAAACUGAGGACGUUUUAAUUCUGCACUAUCUGAGGAGUGGGAGUUGUAGUUUUCCAGGAGGUGCAGAGAAGUCCCUGAUCUUGCCUAUCUGGAAACUACAAUUCCCAAGUUCCACGAGGAAGAAAGGAGGCCAGGCGAGUUGAGCCCAAUCCAGGCCUUUACAAUGUCUCCUGCUCCUCACAGCUUCGCCCUGGCCCCCAGGGGGUUCCGUGACGGGGGAAGCAGGCUGCCCCUUUUAAGCCUCACCGAGUAGCAGAAGCUCGUUCGUCGGGAGCAGCAAUACUGCUGUCACGUCCCUGCAUGAAUAUCUCAUUUUCCGCUCUGAUGUUGUCUCCUGUAUUCUGCAGAGAAAUAAAACUGGAUACCACACUUGG